AUGGCACACCGUCAUACUUUUGAAGCUUUAGACAGGACAUUGAGAGAUAUUAAGAGGAGUGUUGACCCGUUGGCAACAGAGAAGACGUUUGGUGGAAUUACAAUGUUGCUUGGUGGUGAUUUUAGGCAAAUAUUACCAGUCAUAGCACGAGGGAGUAGGCAAGACACUGUCAUGGCAUCAAUCAACAGAUCUUAUCUUUGGGACAGAAGAAAUGUAUGCUUGCUAAAGAAGAACAUGAGACUGAAUGCAGAUGAAAUCUCAUUUUCAAAGUGGAUUUUAGAAGUUGGUGAUGGUGUUGCUAAGAGGGUAUCGAGGCAUUGGGAGGAUAGCUUAGAUACAGAUAUUGUUGAAGUUGAGAAUGAGUUGUUAUUACAGAGUACAUCCGAUAGUUUGGAGGAUGUUUUUCGAUCUACAUAUGUAGAUUUUGAGAGGUUUUACAGAGAGAAAAACUACCUCCGCGAACGAGCAAUAUUAACCCCAAGAAAUGAUACCAUGGAUGAGGUUAACGAGUUCAUUCUAUCAAAGGGUCCUGGAGAAAUGAAAGAAUAUUUCAGCUCAGACACCCUCAGCGAUGAUGACUGA